AUGAAGGUUUUUAGCAUGAAGCAUUCUGUUCUUCUCGUAAUCGUUCUCCUUUUCACACUCUCUUUAGACAUUGAAGCUCAGCAAUGCCGUCCGAGUGGCCAAAUUAGGGGCAGGAAGCCACCUCCCAACCAAUGCAACCAAGAAAAUGAUUCAGAUUGUUGUAAAGACGGCAAGUACUACACAACUUAUACAUGUUCACCACAGGUGACUAGCCAGACCAAAGCCUUCCUCACUCUGAAUAGUUUCGAGGCAGGUGGAGAUGGUGGUGGUCCAUCAGAAUGUGACAAGCAGUACCAUUCUGAUGAUACACCAAUUGUUGCAUUAUCAACUGGAUGGUUUAAUCAUAAGAGUAGGUGCCAUAACAACAUCACCAUAACAGCAAACAGACUCAGUGUUGCAGCCAUGGUUGUCGACGAGUGUGACUCCACUAUGGGAUGUGAUGAAGUCCAUGAUUAUCAGCCGCCAUGUGAUAACAACAUUGUUGAUGCUUCAAAGGCGGUGUGGAAAGCUUUGGGCGUGCCGGAAGAUAAUUGGGGUUGGCUUGAAAUUACAUGGACUGAUCAUGCUUGCAAGCCUAGUGGCAAAAUCAGAGGCAAAAAACCACCUCCAAAAAAAUGCAACAAAGAGAACGACUCUGUUUGCUGCGCUGAAGGCGAGCUUUACACAACCUUCAAUUGUUCACCACCAGUCACUCAUCAUACCAAGGCACAUCUCACUCUCAACAGCUUCGAGAAGAAUGGAGAUGGCGGAGGUCCAUCUGAAUGUGACAAAAAAUUCCAUUCUGAUGACAUACCAAUUGUGGCACUCUCGACCGGUUGGUUUAACAAGAAAGGUAGGUGUUUCAACAACAUAAUCAUCAGCGGUAACGGACGCAAAGUGAAGGCCAUGGUGGUGGAUGAGUGUGACUCCAUGAGAGGUUGCGAUGAAGCCCAUGAUUAUCAACCACCGUGUGAUAACAACAUUGUUGAUGCUUCAAAGGCCGUCUGGGUAGCCUUGGGUGUGCCUAGUGAUGACUGGGGUGAUUUAGAUAUUACCUGGUCUGAUGCUUGA